AUUUCAUUUCAUGGUGCGUGUCAAUUUUAUUUUCAAUUCAAUUUCAACGAUACAUGUUCGCGCCUACCUACACGAUUCGCGCCCAUUGAUUGAUGCAUUGGCGCGGUAAAGUUGCCGAUUUUCGACGCGAGAAGCUAUUUGGCGCUGUUGCAGCGGCGUCUACGCGCAUCAUUGGUCCGAUGCGCUGUCGUCGAGACUACGACGACAACUUUCGCCCGCCAUUUUAAUUGUUACAUCACAGCAAAGCUGAGUUUCGUUAAUUAUCGUGUUGCGAGUAAUAUUGUAAAAUAAACAUAAUCAGUGCGUUACAUCAGUGCAAAUUACGUACAAAUAAGUGUUUACGCCGUCUUAACAAAAUGUCUAAAGAUAAGGGCGAAUCGGAAUUCGCAAUUGCUGAGUCCUAUGAUUUGGCCGCUCUUCGACGCAAACGCGCUGCCGUUAAAGGUGUUAUCACCAAAUUGCAUAACGCCCUGCGUGAUCCAAGCGCCUCUGAGUUAGACAAACACGCUUUGUGCGUCAGAGAAGAACGUCUGCGAUCUUCAUUUUCUAAGUGGGAGGACUUACGCCUCGACAUUUUAGCGAUGGAUCCUGAUGACCCCGAGGACGACGUUGAAAAGAAGCGAGCAUUAGCACUCGAGAAUGUGGAACGAGAUAAGGUACUGUUGGCUCCGAAGGCUGUCCACGUAGCCACUGUGAAGAAGGUACAGCCUGCCAGCGCUGAGAAGAGCUGCAUACUUUGUGUUGCUGCCGCCUGAGCCUCGAGUUAGCCGGUACAACUGUGCGGGGCAUGGGGACAUCACAGCUUCACCUCCGUUACUUAAUACAAAGUUUGGUCAUGUAGUCGCAGGUAGCAUUAACUCAGAUAAUAUUUAUUUGAAACACAACCAAGCAGUAACCUCCUUAUUUUGUGAAACAUGUACUUCUAGCUUAAAUCAUACUCUUACUGAAUUUUGGCAAUGUGAAAAGGUUCCUGAAACAUUUACAGAAACACAUUCUGAACAUGAAUUGUGUGAAAAUAUAUUUUUAGAAAAUAUUCAACUGGACACACAAAAUAACAAAAUGCAAGUUGUCCUGCCAUUAAAACAGCCUUUAGAUUUUAUUAAUCAGUCUUUAGGAGACUCACUACAUUUAGCUUUACAAAGAUUUUAUAACUUAGAAGCUAGACUUACAAAAGACCCUAGUCUUUAUAAAUUGUAUUCAGACUUCAUUAAUGAAUACAUAAAUCAAGGGCAUGGUACAGUCAUUGACAUCAGUCAAUACAAUUUAACAACUGAUCCAGUGUACUUCCUGCCACACCACCCAGUUCUUAACUUACAAAAGAAAACAACAAAAUGUCGUGUUGUUAUGGAUGGUUCUAUGAAAACCAGCAAUAAGACUUCUUUAAACGAUUUAUUGCUUAAUGGGCCUGUAGUACAAAAGGAACUUGUUGAUGUUUUGUUACUAUUCAGAGUAGAUAAUUAUUUCUUCAUAACAGACAUAAAAAACAUGUUUCGCAAUAUAUUAUUACAUCCAAAAUACAGGUCUUUACAAAAUAUUCUAUGGAGAUAUAAUCCCAAUGAUAGUGUUCAGUGCAUUCAACUAAACACUGUCACCUAUGGGUUGAAAAGUUCAUCUUACUUAGCAACUAGGUGUUUGAAAUGGUUAGCUGAGCUAUACAAGGAUGA